UCAUACAUGAUUGAUUGGCAUCGUCUACCAGGGAGAAAGGGCCUCGCCCUGCUGUUGAUAAUCACUGUCUCCAAUAAGUCGAUCAAAGUCACUGCCGUUUUCUUCGAGUUGUCGCUCAGUACUUUCGGCGACGUGAUGAUUAAGACAUCCGUCGCCUACUUGAACAUGCUAUGUACAUUAACUACGUAAAACAUAAAAUUGUCCAAAGUGUAGAAAUUGUUACAACUACUGAAUAAAAAAUAAAUGUCAAUUAGUUAUCUAAUAU